UUGCCGCGGUUAGAGAUAUCAAUAUACCGUCGGUGGAAAAAACAAUGUCCUUCAACGUUACGUCUGAUGGGGGGCGCAUUCAUUCCUGCUGGAGCUGAGUCGACGCACCAGGGAUGUUUAGAAGCCGCCCGGACCCACCAGACCAAUAAGGUCUUCAGAAUAAUGCAUUGCCGUUUUCCGACCAUGUUUAUGGUGUGUGGACAUACUGUAGCAGGGUUAAUAAUUCGAACCGGCUAGUGACAGCUGGUUCUCCUGCAAUAGACUAAGUUAUAUCGCUGGAAAUGGUCAUCAUUAGACUGGAUCUGUGUAGCUUCCAGCCGUACCUUUUCUGAAAGGAUGCAGGUGAAAAAUCAGAUCUGUACAGAGAGGAGUACCGAAGACCCCGAACACGAUGAUAACCAGAAACAUACUUCAUGUUUUUCUAAUAUCAAAAUAUUUCUAGUAUCGGAAUGUGCGCUGAUGCUGGCGCAGGGGACGGUUGGCGCGUAUCUGGUGAGUGUUCUGACCACCCUGGAGCGCCGCUUCAACCUCCAGUCCGCCGACGUGGGCGUGAUCGCCAGCAGCUUCGAGAUCGGCAACCUGGCCCUCAUCCUAUUUGUCAGCUACUUCGGCGCAAAGGCCCACCGGCCGCGUCUGAUUGGCUGUGGGGGCCUCGUCAUGGCGCUGGGCGCGCUGCUCUCCGCCCUGCCAGAGUUCCUGACCCACCAGUAUGAGUAUGAGGCCGGGGAUGGGUGGCACGCGGAGGACGGGAGGGAUGUGUGUUCCAACAUGACCAGGACUGAGGGCAGAGACUCCGCCUUCCUGUGUGGGAACAAGUCCAACACCAACAUGAUGUACCUGCUGCUGAUAGGGGCCCAGGUACUGCUGGGGAUCGGGGCAACACCAGUACAGCCUCUAGGGGUGUCCUACAUAGACGACCACGUUAAGAGGAAAGACUCCUCUCUGUAUAUAGGUAUAGUAUUUUCCACGCUGGUGUUUGGCCCAGCCUGUGGCUUCAUAUUAGGAUCCCUCUGCACCAAAGUCUAUGUGGACGCUGUCUUCAUCGACACAAGUAAGCUGGACAUCGGCCCUGACGACCCCAGGUGGAUUGGUGCGUGGUGGGGUGGCUUCUUGCUCUGCGGUGCCUUACUCUUCAUCUCCUCCCUCUUCAUGUUCGGCUUCCCCCAGUCCCUGAAUGAGCAGGAUGUGGACAGUGGGGGGGAGAGUGAACAGGCCAUGUUGCCCCCCUCCCUGUCCAGGGAUUACGAGGGGAACAAGCCCACUAACGGGGCGAUCCAUGGCUUCCAGGCCAAUAGUGGACUGACCUGCUGCGAGCACAUGAGAGUCAUCCCCAAGGUGACCAAGCACCUCCUGUCCAACCCUGUGUUUACCUGCAUCUCGCUGGCAGCCUGUAUGGAGAUCGCUGUGGUUGCAGGCUUCGCCACCUUCCUAGGGAAGUACAUGGAGCAGCAGUUCAACCUCACCACUUCCUCAGCCAAUCAGCUGCUAGGUAUGACAGCCAUUCCGUGUGCGUGUCUGGGUAUCUUCCUGGGUGGUCUCUUGGUGAAGAAGUUAGACCUGUCAGCGUUAGGGGCCAUCCGUAUGGCCAUGGGGGUCAACCUCGUCUCCACCGCCUGUUACGUCUCCUUCCUCUUCCUCGGCUGUGACACCGGCCCUGUCGCCGGGGUGACUGUCGCCUACGGCAACGCAACCUGUUUGCCUGUUCCCAGGACCCUGCGGUCAUGGCAGAGACCGGAGCAUGCCUGCAUCAACAACUGUAACUGCUACACAGCCUCAGUGAGCCCUGUGUGUGGCUCCAACGGGAUCACCUACCUCUCUGCCUGCUUCGCCGGCUGCCUCACACCUAACCUGACCAGCUGUAUGUGUAUCAGCAGUAAGGAGGAGGAGUCGGUGGCGUUGCCGGGGAAAUGUCCCAGUCCAGGCUGCCAACAGGCCUUUAUCACCUUCCUUUGUGUCAUCUGUGUGUGCAGCAUGAUCGGAGCCAUGGCCCAGACACCCUCCGUCGUCAUACUUAUCAGAACAGUGAGCCCUGAGCUAAAAUCCUACGCUCUUGGAGUUCUGUUUCUGGGCCUGAGACUACUAGGUUUCAUCCCUCCCCCUCUGAUCUUCGGCAUGGGCAUCGACUCCACCUGCCUGUUCUGGUCCACAGUCUGUGGAGAUAAGGGAGCCUGCAUGCUGUACGACAACGUGGCCUAUCGACACCUCUACGUGAGUAUCGCCAUCGCUCUCAAGUCCACCGCCUUCAUCCUUUACACCACCACUUGGCAGUGUCUCCGGACCAACUAUAAGAAAUACAUUAAGAACAGUGAAGGCUACCUGACUCCCACCCAGCUGUUUGCCUCCAACGUGACUCUGGACAAACUCGGCAAGGAGAUCACCCAGAACCCAGGCAACCGGACAACAUUUAUAUAUAACCUGGAGGAACCAGAGAUGAGUUAUAACAUGGAGUCUGUUUUAUAGUUUCUCCAAGACCCGGGAGACGACUAACUGGAUGACUGCCUGACUGGCAAGCUAACCUACUGGCUGGCUGCCUGACUGGCAAGCUGGCUGACUGCCUGACUGGCAAGCUAACUAACUGGCUGGCUGCCUGACUGGCAAGCUGGAUGACUGCCUAACUGGCAAGCUAACCUACUGGCUGGCUGCCUGACUGGCAAGCUGGCUGACUGCCUGACUGGCAAGCUAACCUACUGGCUGGCUGGCUGGCAAGCUAACUGGCUGGCUGUCUGACUGGCAAGCUAACUGGCUGGCUUGCUGGCUGACUGCUGUUGCCGUCACAACACACUACUAUUCACUCUUUAUUCUGGUCUUUAAUAGACAUUUCUGAUCAGUUUAAUCCACAUUAACAGGUCUCCUCAUGGGAUGACUGUUCUGAGCCAACACAGUGGUAGACAACACAGUGGUAAUACUGGCUGGGUAGAAUUCAAUGGGUUUUGUCAGGGCCACAGGGGGUGGACUUGUUGUCCUCUCUGGGUGCAGAUCCACAGGGUCAGUCCUGACCUGAUCCACCUCAGAGUGUCUGUUCUCCUCAGCUCUACAUAUCAUAGGAAAUCUCUUUCAGUUCCAACGGACAUAUGAAAGCAUCCCCACUAGAUCAUCUGAAUGAUUUCGGCUUAUGAUUGUCUUUUUAUUCUGACUGGUUGUUUGGUCCUAGUCCAUCCUCUUAAAGGAGGGGCUAGUUGAACCUGCCAUUAAACCAAUGUUUCAUUUGACUGACAGGUUUGCUAGUGGGUUACCAGGUUAGAGUUCCACCACAGAUGAUAGACAGGUUUACCAGCAGGCUAGUGGGUUAGCAGGUUAGAGUUCCACCACAGAUGAUAGACAGGUUUACCAGCAGGCUAGUGGGUUAGCAGGUUAGAAUUCCACCACAGAUGAUAGACAGGUUUACCAGCAGGCUAGUGGGUUAGCAGGUUAGAGUUCCACCACAGAUGGUAGACAGGUUCACCAGCAGGCUAGUGGGUUAGCAGGUUAGAGUUCCACCACAGAUGAUAGACAGGUUUACCAGCAGGCUAGUGGAUUAGCAGGUUAGAAUUCCACCACAGAUGAUAGACAGGUUUACCAGCAGGCUAGUGGGUUAGCAGGUUAGAGUUCCACCACAGAUGAUAGACAGGUUUACCAGCAGGCUAGUGGGUUAGCAGGUUAGAGUUCCACCACAGAUGAUAGACAGGUUUACCAGCAGGCUAGUGGAUUAGCAGGUUAGAGUUCCACCACAGAUGAUAGACAGGUUUACCAGCAGGCUAGUGGGUUAGCAGGUUAGAGUUCCACCACAGAUGAUAGACAGGUUUACCAGCAGGCUAGUGGGUUAGCAGGUUAGAGUUCCACCACAGAUGAUAGACAGGUUUACCAGCAGGCUAGUGGAUUAGCAGGUUAGAGUUCCACCACAGAUGAUAGACAGGUUUACCAGCAGGCUAGUGGGUUAGCAGGUUAGAGUUCCACCACAGAUGGUAGACAGGUUCACCAGCAGGCUAGUGGGUUAGCAGGUUAGAGUUCCACCACAGAUGAUAGACAGGUUUACCAGCAGGCUAGUGGGUUAGCAGGUUAGAGUUCCACCACAGAUGAUAGACAGGUUUACCAGCAGGCUAGUGGGUUAGCAGGUUAGAGUUCCACCACAGAUGAUAGACAGGUUUACCAGCAGGCUAGUGGGUUAACAGGUUAGAGUUCCACCACAGGUGAGUUGGAGAUAGGUUUGCAGAAUUCCAGUAAUUUUCCCAAACUUCCAUGGUUUUCCAGAGAUCCUAGUUGAAGGAUUCCAGAUGUCCUGCUUAUUCCACCCUGAUUCUGGGAACCUUCCAAGUAGGAUUUCUGGAAAACGUAGUCAUUUCACUAGAGUUUUGCAAACCUAGUUAGAGUUAAAGAUAUAUUGAAGAUAGUGAUAUUUAUAGAAGAAGUCUAGAAUGUUCUGGCACUACAUAUCGCUGAUCCCUUUACUUCAUUCACUGUGGUGUUAGUAAAUCUGUGGACAUCACUGCACACGAUUCAGACAGAGAUCAGUAGUUCAACUGUUUGGACACUCAACACCUUACCUUCUGAUUUUUCUUUUAAAACGCCGUAUUCAUGAGUUUUCCAGGAGCUUUUCUAACCAGGAAUAACUCUGGGCUCUAGUCAUGAUCAAGGAAAAUGGUUGUCAGUUCAACCAUAUCUCUGGCUGUUUGGCAGCGAUAUUGUUCUGCUUAUUAUAUUAAUGUAUUUUAGUUGUUAAUUUAAAAUGUUUUUCCUUGAUAGACAUAAAUUGCCAUCAAGAAAAAACUAUAACUUCCAAAAGCAUAUUUUAAAAAACAAUAACAGUGGCAGCAGGUGAUAAUAUUAUUUUGAUGAAAAAGCUAGCUGAUUUAUGCAUGUAAACAUAUAUUCAGUAUGUCACUUGCACGGACAUGGGAGUGGCUGAUGGCUUACCAAGGGUUAAAUCUAUAUUGAGGAGUUAUUAGCCUUCAGAUCCAGAAUGUUCCAGAAGACUUUAUCACGCAAAAUGCAUUGUGGCCAAGACUAAACAGUUCUCUCAUGGAUAACGGUCAAAUACUGACCCGGUCACACAGUUAGGUCUCACUUUUAGUUUUUAGUAAAACUUACAUUCAAUUUUAAUAUGCUAUGCUUCAAAAACAUCUGUCGAGCUAUCUACCACUGAAUCAUUUUAUAUAUUUAUCCUUUAUCAAGGUUAUAGUAUGACCAGGUUAAAGUAUGACCAGGUUAAAGUAGGACCAGGUUAUAGUAGGACCAGGUUAUAGUAGGACCAGGUUAUAGUAGGACCAGGUUAUAGUAGGACCAGAUUAUAGUAGGACAGAGUACCAAGGGAUGUAGGACCAGGUUAUAGUAGGACCAGGUUAUGGUAGGACCAGGUUAUAGUAGGACCAGGUUAUAGUAG